AUGAUGUCCCAGUGCUCUGCGGAGCUCUGUAUGCUCUUGAUUGAGGAUAACUUUGGAGAGCUAUUCGCACGCAUCUUCAGUACCCUCCAACGCUAUGAAAGAUUGACUCUGCCUCGACUCAAGUUCUAUGCUCGAUUGACCGAUCGCCAACUUCAUCAUGGCCUCUCUGCUAUGAUCCAACAUCACCUCGUCUACCACUUUACUUCCCUCGAUGAUGGCAACACCUACUACGAGGCUAAUCCACAAGCUGCAUACUACCUCGUGCGGUCCGGCAAGAUUCUGCAGCUUGUAGAAUAUCGGUUAGGAGCAUACGCCGCCCAAGUUCUGCAAACAAUCAUGUUUCUAGGCCAUGCGUCGAUCUCCCAUCUCGAGACCCUUCCUGAGCUUCAACCCAAACCACCAAUCACCAAUGGUGUAAAUCAAAAUGGGGACCACGAUGGAGAAAACGGCGAAGAAUCUACCGCUGAAAACGGGGAACCCCAAGAGAACGGUCAUCACCAAGAGAACGGUGUCACCAACGGCGACCAUGCCGUGGAUGCAAAGCCCGCGCGCCUUCACCCCACUCUCAAGGGUCUUGCCUCUCAUGGAUACAUCCAUAAGGUCCGGGAGGCACAUUUCCAAAGUCCUAAUGAUAAUAUCCUCGAUGCCACGCGGAUCAUUUCCUCUCGUCCAGAUAUUAAGCAGAUGAAGGGUAAGCAGCAAACGUCUGAGAUUGAGGAACGGACGCAGGACAUGGUCAAGGAAAGAACCGAAGGGGAUUUAAGUCGUGGUCUCAUGUUCAACGGCCUCCCUCAAGGACUGAAGAGGAAACGCGGGCCGGCGAACUCCGGGUCUCACGGGGUGACAAAUGGUACCAACGGUAUCAACGGACACCACGAUAUUGAAGGCGAAGAAAACGAUUGGUCAGAUGAUGAGGAUGGGUUUGAUUCAACACCCAUGGAUUCCAAUUUGAUUGUGCGCGUCAAUUACGAAAAGCUUGAUGUUGCACUUCGCAACACGAGGUUCCUGGAGCUUGCUGAGCAAGACGCACCUCGGGCUUCCGCCGAAGUUUAUGAAUCUUUGCUCCAUCGCAUUGAAUACCAAACAACCCGCUGCCGAGAGGCUUAUGAGAUCCCUCGCGAGGGCGAAGAGGGCGAGCAAUACUCUGCUCCAAUCCAAUUGAGCGACAUCGUUGCGGACGUUGACCCAGAGCUGGACCUGACCGGGUGCAUCGGCCCCAUGGAACCCUCACUGGGAGCAAACCGAGGAGGGAAACGACCUUUAGAUGACGAAACGAAUGGUUCGUACGACGAUUAUGAUGAUGAAGAGCCGGCAGGGACCCGCGCCUACGAAAUUGAUCAGCAUCUCGGUAUCCUUUCACAGCCACCCUUCAACCUUACCACAAAGCACGUUAUCGCCGGUCUUCCCACCUGGCGAGUUGCCUUCCGAGGGCUAGCUCGCAAGCUGCGCCACCUAGAGUUAGAACGCAUGGUUGAAUCUCGGUACGGCGAUGUCGCAUUACGAGUGAUUCACGUCUUGCACGCCAAGGGCAAGCUGGAUGAAAAGCGACUGCAGGAGAUCAGUUUGCUUCCCUUCAAGGACCUGCGCCAAACACUAGCCAGCAUGCAGACGGGUGGCUUUGUCGAUCUGCAGGAAGUACCCCGCGAUGCGCAGCGACAACCCUCCAAGACCAUCUAUCUGUGGUACUACGACCCCGAUCGAGUGUGCAGCAGCAUUCUCGAGGACACCUACAAGGCGAUGUCUCGCUGUCUGCAGCGCAUCAAGUUUGAGCGCGAGCGCGAGCGAGACUUCCUGGAGAAGACGGAGCGAACCGAUGUCAAGGGCCACGAGGAAGAGCUCCUCUCCGAGGCAGAACUCCACCAUCUGAAGAAGUGGAGGGCCAAGGAGGGGUUGCUGCUGGCUGAGGUCUCUCGUUUGGAUGAUAUGGUUGCCGUCUUCCGGGACUAUUGA